AUGAAUCAUCUCUUGUCUCUCAUCAAUGCGUGGUCUCGUAAUUCUGUCGAGUAUACUCAUGGUCUAGAGAUGAUCAUGGAAAUGGGAGUGGAGGUGGUGGGAAUCUUGGGGGGAAAUGGGGGUGGAGGUGGUGGCAAUCUCCCUUCCAAUGGUGUAGUCAAUGGCAAUCUCCCUUCCAAUGGUGCACUCAAUGGCGAUCUCCCUUCCAAUGGUGUAAUCAUGGCGAUCCUCCUCCGGAAGUUUAUGAUAAAUACAAGUUUGAGAAUGAUGAUGAUGAAGAUUGUGGAAACUGAAUUCCGCACUGAGUAUUUGUAUGUGAAUUCGGAGAAGAAACUUUAG